CCAAGAUGCCUGAGGAAACCCAGACCCAAGACCAGCCGAUGGAGGAGGAGGAGGUGGAGUCUAUCUCCUUCCAGGCGGAGAUCGCGCAGUUGAUGUCACUGAUCAUCAACACCUUCUACUCGAACAAGGAGAUCUUCUUGCGGGAGCUGAUCUCCGACUCGUCCGACGCUCUGGACAAAAUCCGAUACGAGAGCCUGACCAACCCCAGCAAGCUCGACUCGGGGAAGGAGCUGCACAUUAACCCCAUCCCGAACAAGCAGGACCGGACCCUCACCAUCGUGGAUACCUGGAUCGGCAUGACCAAGGCCGACCUGAUCAACAACCUGGGCACCAUAGCCAAGUCGGGGACCAAAGCGUUCAUGGAAGCUCUGCAGGCGGGCGCAGAUAUUUCUAUGAUUGGCCAGUUCGGGGUCGGGUUCUAUUCAGCCUACUUGGUGGCCGAGAAGGUGACGGUGAUCACAAAGCACAAUGAUGACGAGCAGUACGCCUGGGAGUCCUCCGCAGUGGGCUCAUUCACGGUCCGCACUGACACAGGCGAACCUAUGGGUCGGGGAACGAAAGUUAUUCUGCACCUGAAAGAAGACCAGACGGAGUACCUGGAGGAGAGGAGGAUAAAGGAGAUCGUGAAGAAGCACUCCCAGUUCAUCGGCUACCCCAUCACUCUGUUCGUGGAGAAGGAACGUGAUAAAGAGGUGAGCGAUGAUGAGGCUGAAGAAAAGGAAGAGAAAGAGGAGGAAAAAGAAAAGGAAGAGAAGGAAUCUGAUGACAAACCCGAGAUAGAAGACGUUGGUUCCAAUGAAGAGGAGGAGGAGAAGAAAGAUGGGGACAAGAAGAAGAAAAAGAAGAUCAAGGAGAAGUACAUUGAUCAGGAAGAAUUGAACAAGACAAAGCCUAUUUGGACCCGAAACCCCGAUGAUAUUACCAAUGAAGAGUAUGGAGAAUUCUACAAGAGUUUGACCAAUGACUGGGAAGACCACCCGGCAGUGAAGCAUUUUUCAGUGGUAGGGCAGUUGGAGUUCCGAGCUCUUCUCUUUGUGCCAAGACGUGCUCCCUUUGACCUAUUCGAGAACAGAAAGAAAAAGAACAACAUUAAGUUGUAUGUUCGCAGAGUUUUCAUCAUGGAUAACUGUGAGGAGCUCAUCCCAGAGUAUCUGAAUUUCAUCAGAGGUGUGGUGGACUCUGAGGAUCUUCCUCUAAAUAUUUCCUGUGAGAUGCUGCAGCAAAGCAAAAUUUUAAAGGUUAUCAGAAAGAACUUGGUUAAAAAGUGCUUAGAACUCUUCACCGAACUGGCCGAAGACAAAGAGAACUACAAAAAGUUUUACGAACAGUUCUCCAAAAACAUCAAGCUUGGCAUCCACGAGGACUCCCAGAAUCGGAAGAAGCUCUCGGAGCUGUUGCGCUAUUACACGUCCGCCUCCGGCAACGAGAUGGUGUCUCUCAAGGACUAUUGCACCAGAAAGAAGGAGAACCAGAAGCACAUCUAUUACAUAACAGGUGAGACCAAGGACCAGGUAGUGAACUCGGCCUUCAUGGAGCGUCUUCGGAAGCACGGCCUGGAAGUGAUCUACAUGAUCGAGCCCAUUGACGAGUAUUGCGUCCAGCAGCUGAAGGAGUUUGAGGGGAAGACGUUGGUGUCUGUGACCAAAGAGGGCUUGGAACUUCCAGAAGACGAAGAAGAGCAAAAGAAACAGGAAGAGAAAAAGACAAAGUUUGAAAACCUGUGCAAGAUCAUGAAGGACAUCUUAGAGAAGAAAGUAGAGAAGGUGGUCGUGUCAAACUGACUGGUGACCUCCCCGUGCUGCAUUGU